CAUGCGACGCGAAUAUACGUAUAUAUAUAUCUGUGAAUAUUUACGGCAUCGAAAGUGAAAUUUUGGUUUGACUGUAAUCUAGAUUCGGCCACACAUCCAAAAGAAACCACAGAGCCCCGCUUGAUCAAUAUGUAAAUCAUAUCCAAAUGGGAUUAUUCAACCUUUAAUGAUAUGUCAUCCAUCACGAAAUUGGCCAAUCGCAUGUCGAACACAAACUCAAAGCAAACAACGAACAUCGAAUGCUCUCCAAUUAAGAGCGAUAGAUCAUGUGGCAAAAGAGCUGAAGUUACGGAAUGUUAAUGUCAUUCAUUAAUUACCUGUUUUUUUUUUCGGCGACAGAUGGAGCAUAAAAGAUGUUACGGAUUGUUACGGAAUCAAUCUUCAGCCACUAAGUGAAACUAUAAGAAUUGUAUAAUUGUGAAAUGAUUUUCUAAUACUUUUAAUAGUUUCUCUGUUCAUUUAAAUAUGGAAAUAUGCUGGCAGUAUAUUUUGUGAUUUUAACGAGGCUCACUUUAUUUAUCAUUAAUUAAUACUCGUGGAGAAAAGUGCUUUCAACAUCCGCAACAACAAGUUCAUUAAAUAUUCGUCAGGCCUUAACCCACAUGGGAACGAUCCGUAUGGGAAUGAACCGUGAAUAUUCGCGGGUGAUGAAUGUUGACACCUGGCUAUCUAUCGCUAUCGUGGAGUUUCGAUGGCAGAAGAAGGGGAGAGCCACACGCCAUUACCUAAUACCCCAACACUUUCCAUUUUUAUUUCCAUCUUUGCAGAUGUUGAAGUGUCCAUCCAUGUGGCUGCAGCUGGUCUUGGGCUGGGUCUGCCUGGGUGCCGUGUCAUUGCAGUCACUCCAGUCGUUUCCCAAACUCUGCGACGUGCAUAACUUUGAUGAGUACUUGAGACAAACGGGCAAGAAUUACGCGGACGAGGGCGAGCGAGCGUAUCGCGAGAGUAUCUUUGCGGCCAAGAAGUCCGUCAUCGAUCUGAGCAACAAGAAUGCGGAUAGUGGAUAUUCUGGCUACCGCCUGAGUCUCAAUCCGCUGGCCGAUAUGACAAAGAAGGAGAUUGCCACGCUUCUGGGCUCGAAGGUCUCCGAAAGGGGCGAGAAAUACACCAACGGCCACAUCAACUUCUUGACUGCACCCAAUCCGUCCGGGGCCAAUCUGCCUGAAUCCUUUGAUUGGCGCGAAAAGGGUGGCGUAACGCCGCCCGGAUUCCAGGGCGUUGGUUGCGGCUCCUGCUGGUCGUUCGCCACAACGGGCGCCCUCGAAGGUCAUCUGUUCCGGCGCACAGGUGUGCUGGCCUCGCUGUCCCAGCAGAAUCUGGUGGACUGUGCCGAUGACUACGGCAACAUGGGCUGUGACGGUGGCUUCCAGGAGUACGGCUUCGAGUACAUACGCGAUCACGGCAUCACACUAGCCAACAAAUAUCCGUACACACAGUUCGAGAUGCAGUGCAGGCAGAACGAGACGGCGGGCCAGCCGCCCAGGGAGAGCAUCGUGAAGAUUCGCGACUAUGCCACAAUCACCCCAGGCGACGAGCAGAAAAUGAAGGAGGUGGUGGCCACACUGGGCCCGUUGGCCUGCUCCAUGAACGCAGCUCCCAUCUCGUUCGAGCAGUACCACGGCGGCAUCUAUGCGGAUGAGGAGUGCAAUCAGGAUGAGGUGAAUCACUCCGUUGUCGUCGUCGGCUAUGGAUCCGAGGGCGGGCGCGACUAUUGGAUCAUCAAGAACUCGUACUCGCAGAACUGGGGCGAGGGCGGCUUCAUGCGAAUCUUGCGCAAUGCCGGAGGCUUCUGCGGCAUCGCCAGCGAGUGCAGUUAUCCCAUUCUAUAAUAGAAACACAUAAGUCUGUAUAUUUAGUUAGUCAAUUAAACAAUCAAUAAAUUUACGAACUGAAA